UUGAUACUCCGGGAUUAUGAGGUGCGUUUGCGCCAUUUGGAUGUUGUGUCUGGAAGCAAUGAGUGACUUAUUUAACGGGCAGCGGUGCAUUUUGAAUCCACAACUCAUCCCCUCUUUUUUUUUUAACUGGUCGUUCAGAACAUCACCUUUUACGUUUUUUUCGUACUGAACGCAGCCCAGUGAAUGGCGUGGAGCCUACUGGAGAGGAAAAGCUUCCUGUCAACAGCCUCACCCAGUCAUACCGGAGGGCGUAGAAGAGGGGAUGGCAGAAAACAGCUCCGAUACUUGUGGUUCCGUUUAUCGGAGGUGUUUGACUCAUUCUACCGGGGAAAAAACCCACUCAACCAGUAACGGGGCAUCCAAAUGGGUUCGAUUGAACGUGGGGGGAACGUAUUUCUUAACAACACGACAUACGCUGUGCCGAGAUCCGAAAUCAUUUCUGUACGGACUGAGCCAGGCUGACCCCGACCUCGACUCUGAUAAGGAUGACACUGGUGCCUAUCUCAUAGACAGAGACCCCACAUACUUUGGGCCGGUACUGAACUACUUGAGGCAUGGCAAGCUGGUGCUCAACAGGGAGCUGGCAGAGGAAGGUGUCCUGGAGGAAGCCGAAUUCUACAAUAUCACAUCAUUAAUAAAGCUCCUCAAGGACAAGAUCAGGGAACGAGACUGCAAAACAUCACAGGCUCCAGUGAAACAUGUGUACCGGGUGCUGCAGUGCCAGGAGGAGGAGCUCACCCAGAUGGUGUCCACCAUGUCUGACGGCUGGAAGUUUGAGCAGCUUGUCAGUAUAGGUUACGGGCGGGCCCAGCAGUCAGAGUUUCUGCUGAUUGUGUCAAGGGAGGUGAAGGGGGAGGAGUCUACUUUCCCAAGCCACAGCGGAGAGCUGGUCAGCAUUGGAUCCUCUUAUAACUACGGAAACGAGGACCAAUCUGAGUUCCUGUGUGUCGUCUCCAAGGAGCUGCACAACCAAUCAUAUGGCCCAAACAGUGAGCCCAGUGAGAAAGCCAAGAGCGAGGACGAAGAGACGGAUUAUGAAAUGAAUGACUCUGAUUAGGGUUGAGCACUUAUGACUCAACGAUUCUUCAGGAGAGGGGAUCCAGGAUGUGAAUGAUCAGUAUUACAAGCACCAGGUAUAGAGUACAAUCGUGUGAGUCAUAACGCCCAUAAAACCUAGCAGUCAAACAGGGAAAUGGUUACAAUUGUUUUUCCACCGUUCAUUUUUCCCAUAGGGGAAAUUUUAGAAACACUUAAAAUAAGGGCUGUGUUUUGUGUAGGCUUACCCUGGGGGUGAUGUUUUGAUAACCGUGUAAGUCUCUCUAGGACAAGAUGACUUUUUUAUCAAUAUAUUUACCCACAAAUAUUAAUCGAAUUAACUACUAAUGUCGCUAUCAUAAAGAACAAAUACGAUGGGGAUCUGGAUGAGACUGCUGAAUCGAGGCAACGGUAAGAGGCUCUGGAUGAACUAUCUAAUGAUGGCUAAAUGUAGUAAUAAAUUGGCAAAAUGACUUAAACUUGACUAUUCUGUGAACUGUCUUGUGCAAGUUUUUGAAAUUGACACAAUACCUGUUUAGCAAAGGUUUUCAGCUAGAGAUGCCGUGCAGGAGCUUGUAGGGAUUUGUAGUCUUGCAUGUCGUCUACUCUGAUGCUAGUUAGCAUUUUUUAAAUAUGAGAGGAAAUAGAACCGACUACAUUGAUAAGUCACCUUGUCCGAGAGGGAUUUACAUGGUCAUCAAAACAUCACAUCAAGCCUAAACAAAACACGGCCCUUUAUUUUAAGUGUUUCUAAAAUCACCUAUGGGGGAAAAUGGUUUGAUUGGUGUGAAAGCGAUUUGAAACCAUUUCCCUGUUUAACGGGUAUUAUGACACCUCCACUGUGGGGCUCUAUAACGAUGCAAACAUAUCCUUGACAAGGAAGAACCUGUCACACAACGGAGAAGACAGUUAAGAGGGACGUACGUUUAUUUGUUUUUUCCUCCCAUUUUAUUUUAUAAUGUAAAUAUGAGUCUUUGCCUGUACAGUUACACUGGACCAUUUUUGAAUUAGUGGCGAAUUUCUUCUAACUAAAAGUGAUGAAUUAUAAUGUUUUAUGCUAUAAAACAUGACCAUGGUCAUACACGGCCAAUGAUUCACUCAGGGGCUACUUUUGAGUUUCUGUUACCUUCUCACUCCAGGAUCUGAAGGGUUUAUGAUGAGCAAUCUAUUAUCAAGCAUAAACUGCUAAAAACCUGUACUGUACUAGUAGUAGUAGAAGGUAAUUAUGCAUACUUAUUGAGAAAUUUGUCGCAAAAGAGACCGGGAUUCUUAAUUUUGUUUUCAAACGAGUUUAAUGCUUCCUUUUCUGGUGUGUCCUCUGUAUUUUAGAUGGGACUUUCUGUUUAAAGCAUUUAUUUGUGGGUUUAAGAUAUUUUUGAGAAGGUUGGGGUUUGCUAAUGUUUUGAAGGUAACGGUGAAGGAAUAUAUGUUAAUAUCUUUAGGUUUGUUGAUGUGCAUAAUCUAAAAAGUCCAUUUAAUAUUUAACUGUUAAACUGCACGUUUUGUACACUGUAUAGUUAAACACAACUUAAAAUGUAAGUUGUUGUACUGGAUCAUAGCUAGAAAGUCUUGACAAUUUAAAUUGAUAACUUGAGUUUUGCAAUGUUUGUACAUAGGUCUCUGCAUAUUAAGACUUGUAAAUCGAGGUUCAAAUGGUUGAUGCGCUGUUUUACUUAGAAAACACCUGAAAUCUCUUGAUAUCCAAUAACACGGGCAAUAUACCUGGGCUCAGACAUUGACUGUUAUGUUGUAAAAAGAUGUAUUGGUCUUGAAAGGCUACACAUUAUUUGAGACAUGUUGUAUUGUGUAGACCACAGCAUUCCAAGCUCUAGUUGGAGGAUGUGUACAUUGCUUUCCUUACACUGCAACACCGUUUUAAGGGUAAAUGCUGCAUUUCAGGAGACUUUUUAUACCAAAAAAUUGUUUCUGACCGGAGAUGCGGUACUGCUCAACUUUUGAUAGUGUUUCCUUUUCCCAGUGAUGACCAAAUCCAAUGUCUUAUGUGCCGCUUAUACAUGAACUUUGGAACUCUGGUUGCAGGCACACGUACCCUGUAUGUGCAGCAGGAAACGCAUAUUGACCCACAACUAAUUUUACACACACUCUUUCCAUGUAACAAACAGUUUUAUAUCAUUAAAGGUGAUUUGGAUGGAUGCAUGUUUUUGAUAUACAUACAUACAUACAUACACUCGCACGCAAGGGCUUUUAAAGUGGAAACUAUGAAAUCUGCAAAGAGGUUCAAUUUAAAUAAGUGUGUUUUGACAGAGCUAGGCUAUGUUUACAUUUGCUAUAGUAUUCUGAAGCCUUCCAGCGAUCUUGCACUCCCCACUUACCUAAACAUUGACUUGUUUAACUGGAGAAAAGGGAACAAGCACGCCCCACUCUAGAUAGACUUUAAAUGCAUGUAAAUAGUUAACUUAAUUUAUGUUAACAUAUACAUUUCCAAGUGGUUUGCUACCACGUCAAUGUUAGAGCUGGUAAUCUCUCGUGGACCGACUACGUAAACAUACAGUUGAAGUCGGAAUAGUACAUACACCUUAGCCAAAUAAAUUUAAACUCAUUUUUUUUAAAUUACUGACAUUUAAUCCUAGUAAAAAUUCCCAGUCUUAGGUCAGUUAGGAUCACCACUUUAUUUUAAGAAUGUGAAAUGUCAAUAAUAGUAGAGUAAUUUAUUUAUUUUAUUUAUUUAAUUACAUUCCCAGUGGGUCAGAGGUUUACAUACACCCAAUUUAGUAUUUGGUAGCAUUGCCUUUUUAAAUUGCAUAACUUGGGUCAAAUGUUUUGGGUAGCCUUCCACAAGCUUCACACAAUAAGUUGGGUGAAUUUGGACCUAUUCCUCCUGACAGAGCUGGUGUAACUGAGUCAGGUUUGUUGGCCGCCUUGCUCACACACACUUUUUCAGUUCUGCCCACAAAUGUUCGAUAGGAUUGCGGUCAGGGCUUUGUGAUGGCCACUUCAAUACCUUGACUUUGUUGUCCUUAAGCCGUUUUGCCUCAUCUUCGGAAGUAUGUUUGGGGUCAUUGUCCAUUUGGAAGACCCGUUUGCGACCAAGCUUUAACUUCCUGACUAAUGUCUUGAUGUUGCUUUAAUAUAUCCACAUAAUUUUUCUUUCUCAUGGUGCCCUCUAUUUUGUGAAGUGCACCAGUCCCUCUUGCAGCAAAGCACCCCCACAACAUGUUGCUGCCACCCAUGUGCUUCACAGUUUGGAUGGUGUUCUUCGGCUUGCAAGCCUCCCCCUUUUUCCUCCAAACAUAACGAUGGUCAUUAUGGUCAAACAGUUCUAUUUUUGUUUCAUCAGACCACAGGACAUUUCUCCAAAAAGUACGAUCUUUGUGCAUUUGCAAACCGUAGUCUGUCUUUUUUAUGGCGGUUUUGGAGCAGUGGCUACUUCCCUGCUGAGCGGCCUUUCAGGUUAUGUCGAUAUAGGACUUGUUUUACUGUGGAUAUAGAUACUUUUGUACCUGUUUCCUCCAGCAUCUUCACAAUGUCCUUUGCUGUUGUUCUGGGAUUGAUUUGCACUUUUCGCACCAAAGUACGUUCAUCUCUAGGAGACAGAAAGGGUCUCCUUCCUGAGCGUUAUGACGGCUGUGUGGUCCCAUGGUGUUUAUACUUGCGUGCUAUUGUUUGUACAGAUGAACGUGGUACCUUCAGGUGCUUGGAAAUUGCUCCCAAGGAUGAACCAGACUUGUGGAGGUCUAAUUGUUUUUCUGAGGUCUUUGCUGAUCUUUUGAUUUUUUUCCCCAUGAUGUCAAGCAAAGAGGCAUUGAGUUUGAAGGUAGGCCUUGAAAUACAUCCACAGGUACACCUCCAGUUGACUCAAAUUAUGUCAAUUAGCCUAUCAGUCUUCUAAAUCCAUGACAACAUUUUCAGGAAUUGUCCAAGCUGUUUCAAGGCACAGUCAACUUAGUGUAUGUAAACUUCUGACCCACUGGAAUUGUGAUGCAGUGAAAUAAUCUCUCUGUAAAGAAUUUUUUGAAAAAUUACUCGUCAUGCACAAAGUAGAUGCCCUAACCGACUUGCCAAAACUAUAGUUUGUUAACAAGAAAUUUGUGGAGUGGUUGAAAAAUGAGUUUUAAUGACUCCGACCUAAGUGUAUGUAAACUUCCGACUUCAACUGUUAAUGGUACUGACCAAUUUACAUUAAGAAUUUAGUUAUGGGUUAACUGAGAAAGUGCUGGAGACAAUCUUGUUUUUUCCGCCUGUGAAAGUCAUCCUGUGAAAAUGGUGACUAGCUCAGUCAGCUUGAGGAGACUAGUGUUGGUCUCAUGAGUAUUGUUGCUGUGAGAUUUGUACUUUUUUUUGUUUAGUUAGCUUGGUUCCAUCUUAAUCUUAGCAGUCUGUGUACUUUGGUCUUGAUCUGUAUCACAGUAGCUGGCUGCACUACCUCCUCAGCAGCACCAUUUUACACACUGCUCGACUACAUUCCAUGAUCAUUUAACUUUCACUUUUUGUGCACCAAUGUCUCCAGUCUACUGUAAGAUGUGCAAGUUCCCAGUAUAUUGGGAAGAGUCAGCUGGUUACUUCAUCACAGUCCACUGUAACGCAUGAUUGAAGACAGUCACACACAGGCCUAUUAUUCCAGAGGAGAUGGAAUGUACUUGUUCCAUAAUCAGAAUUAUAAUGCUCUUGAUAUCGAAGAUAAUUAUAUCACUACACCUGUCACUUCUGACUAUUACCAUGAUUUUAUGCAAUGUAAAAAUGUUACUGGGAUAGAUGUAUGGUAUUGCAUAGGUUAACUUCAAUAAAAUGGUUUGCAUUUCA